ACAGUGCAAUGUGGCACAAUUCCUGGACAGGAUGUCGCAUUGUACUCGUCGGCUGCAAGAGCGCUUGGGCCGGCGGAGAGUACAAACCUAACCGCUUACCGGUUAGGAGCGCUUGGACCGGUUGUCAGGAGAGACAACUGGUUGUGCCUGUCAUGCCGCCUGCGCCUGACAACCAGGUACCACCUGUCGCUGCUUCUGCAGUUCCUGCCCUGCCUCGACUGGUCAUGUCCCCUCCACUUGAAAACCAGGUACCACCUGUCGCUGCUUCUGCAGUUCCUGCCCUGCCUCGACCGGUCAUGUCCCCUCCACUUGAAAACCAGGUACCUCCUGUCGCUGCUCCUGCAGUUCCUGCGCUGCCUCGACCGGUCAUGCUCCCUCUACUUGAAAACCAGGUACCACUUGUCGCUGCUCCUGCAGUUCCUGCCCUGCCUCGACCGGUCAUGCUCCCUCUACUUGAAAACCAGUUCCUGCGCUGCCCUCGACCGGUCAUGUCCCCUCCACUUGAAAACCAGGUAUAA